GGUUUUUUGUGUAAAGAGCGCGAAUAGCUGACAAAUUGCUUGUGGGCAAAUCUUCUAGAUGAUGUCACUCAAUAAGUCUGCUGACGACCAACCACCAUCGAUCCAGCAGCAACCCAAAUCGACGACUAUAAUCAAGUAUGAGAAAUCAUCGUGCCUGUUUUGCAAUGAGUGGUUCGACGCCCAAACUUUUACGGAACACCUCAUACACUGUGGCCAGGUGCUUGAGGAGUGCCCGAACAGCUGCAAUGUCUUCAUACCACGAAUCCGCAUGCGCUCGCAUCUGAAGGAAUGUCCGCGCAGCAAGCAGCACCUGCAGCGCAUGAGCGCCAGCAUGGAGCGUUUGGAUCAGCAUGCCGAUCAUCGUGUUCAGGUCCUCGAGCAGGACAUUACCACAAUACGCUCCGUGCUGAACGAGGAAAUACGACAGCGUUUGCAUCUCAUCACGGACGUGGGCAAUAUACGUAAACACAAUCAAGUGGUCGAGGAUUGGACCAAAGAUACGGACGACAGCCUCACCGAACUGCGACAACAGCUCGAGGAGGAGCGGGCACAGCGUUCCUUUGCCGCGGAACAAACCCAAGCGGACUUUCAAUAUUGCUGCAACAUAACACAGUCCCUAAAGGAGCAAGUGGAAAUGAAAAUGAACGAUUUGCAACAGCAUAUUAAUCAACUGUCUUCGGAGGUGAGUUUCCAUCAGAAUCAGCUGAAUGAUAAUAUUAUGAAACUUGAGGAAAUCGUUUUCGAGAAUGAGAGAUUAAAUCGAGAUAAGUUUGUGCAGAUUGAGCAGUUCCUACAAGAGAUCAAUGAGGACAUCAAAACCAAAUUGGGCAGCAAUGACUUUGCCACCACAAAGCAAGCCACUUUGGACUGCGAAGUCAAAAAUGUGAAAAGCAUUGUGUGUGAAACUGAGGAGCGCUGCGAUAGGCUGCAGAACCUGGUCCAAGAUCUCGACAAGGCGCUCCACCAGACAAUGCAGAGCAUCGCGGACAUCGAGAACCAGCUGGCCAUGCAGCAACGCAUCGCCAGUGUCCAGAAUAUAAGAGGCCAUUUGAUUUGGCGCAUCAAGGACUAUUCGAAGAAAUUGGAGGAGGCCAAGCAGUAUGAUACAAUCUUGCACAGCGCCAUGUUCUCCAACAAGGCAUUUGGAUAUGCCUUGCGUCUGGACAUAUAUUUGAAUGGCAAAGGCACUUGGAAGGGGCGCAACUUGAUCGCCUGUCUGAAUGUGCUAUCUGGCGAAUAUGAUCCACUUCUGACCUGGCCAUGUCGCUUGCAGGCCGAGAUUAUUAUACGGGAUCAAAGUGGCAUUACGCUGGAGGGACAGGACUAUGUUAAGACCAUCAAUGUGCGAAAGAAGAGCGAUGAUUAUAUACAGAGCAACCAGUACUUCCAUAUUCCGCACAAGGUUAUAACCAGUCGCAACUAUCUACGCAACGACUCACUCUUUGUCGAGGUGCGAGUCCUGAAAUGAUGUCCUUGGUUGUUAUGUAUAUACCGAGACCCAAGCCAAACAACUCAUGAGCAGCUAAGCAACAGCUUGUUUUAAUAAGCCUCGACCAGAUGCUAAGAACUAUUGAUUAAUGUUUGCAGAUCCUGCAUAUGCAAUUCCCGUAUGCUAAAUGAAGCAUUUUAAUAACUUAGCGUAUAGAUACAAUUCCAAUAUGUUUUCGACAGCAGCCAUUUUGCGAUUAUGAAUUAUUUUGCGAAUUAUGAACCUGUUGUCGAA